UAAGGGAGAAAUUGGGGGUCCUAAUCCUUGUCCAUCUUUGGGAAGUCAUUCCCAGAGCUCUGAGGAUUUGGGACUUUGGUUUCCGCUCUGCUUGCUUUGGUUAAUAAUACCCUGGGAGGGAAAGGAGACAUGGCGAGAGAAAGAAGGAAAGAGACAGAAGGAAUAGAAGAGAUGAAGGAAAAGAUUUCUUUACCCUGUGGAGGGCUAGCAGGACAGCAGCCUGAGAAAAAAGAAAGUGACUGAAGCAAGUACUAACAUCUAAGCCCAGCCGUAUACAGUUGCUGUUUGUGUAUGUGCAGGUGUGCAAGAGCUUUUCUACAUAUAGAACCUGCUGGACAGUGUGUAAAUACCGGCUUGCUUUCUUCAGUUCAUCCCGCAGGUUGAGUAAAAGUCAAUAACCCAAAAGUGGUUGUGAUGUUUGCUCAGAAGACCUAUUCCUGGUGUGUUUAAAUAACAGUGUUUGCAGGGCUGUUGUAAGUGUGCCCGGGUGUUUUUGUGUUUCUAUGGUGCCGACAGGAGCUGAUAACAGCUCUAAUGAUCAUGGCAGCACAGUCAGGGAUGUAGCUGUAGACGGGGCAAGGCUGCCUGGCUGGAUGUGUCACAGUUUCUGUGUUUGUCCAUCACCUGAGCUUAAGGUGUUGAUAGGUCCAUCGUCCACAGGGUCAAAGUGCGGGACAGUUUUCUGGUGUGAACUGGCCACUCAGCCCCUGAGAAUGAAACACUAAAGAAUGUGCCAUCUUAGCGGUGGAGAUGUUCCGUCAUAUGCUGGGGAAAACCCUGGGCCUCUUUGGUUACACCAUCCAGUAUGGUUGCAUUGCACACUGUGCCUUUGAAUACAUUGGCGAAUUUGUGGUGUGUUCUGGUCCUUCUAUGGAGCCCACAAUUGUAAACCAUGAUGUUGUGUUCUCUGAACGUAUGAGUCGUCAUCUUUUUAAAAUAGAAAAGGGUGACAUAGUAAUUGCAAAAAGUCCAUUCGACCCACAAAUGAACAUUUGUAAAAGGGUUAUUGGAUUGGAGGGUGAUAAGAUCUGCACCAGUUCUCCCUCAGAUUUGUUCAAGACCCACACAUAUGUUCCAAUGGGCCAUGUAUGGCUGGAAGGGGAUAACCUUAGGAAUUCCACUGACUCAAGGAACUAUGGCCCAAUUCCAUAUGCCCUGAUUCGAGGUCGUGUUUGCUGGAAGCUCUGGCCGCUGCAUAGUUUUGGCACUAUGAGUGAAACCCCGAUGAAACGCAUCAUUAAAGCUCAGAGGGACUCAGACUCGGAUUGACACACUCAAUUGUUUAUUUUUCUGUACUCAGUUUAAAACCUCUUUUUAAUAAAAUGGCUACAUGGCCAAUUUUCUUGUUG